AUGUCUGGGGGAGUGGAAAGGCAUGUGAAUUUCCCUGCAACAAUGGAAUCCAUAAGCAAAAAGGGCCAACGACAAGCCCGGUCCGGAUGCUGCAACUCGGAUCAAAAACCAGGGCCGGUAUCAUUAGACCAUGUUUUAGCCGCCUUAAGGGAAACCAAGGAAGAAAGGGAUUCAAGAAUUCGAAGUUUAUUCAAUUUUUUUGAUUCGAAUAACGUGGGGUACUUGGAUUAUUCUCAAAUCGAGAAUGGCCUUUCGGCAAUGCAAAUUCCGGCUGAUUAUAAGUUUGCGAAAGAGCUUUUGGAUGUUUACGAUGCUAAUAAGGAUGGGAGGGUGGAUUAUCAAGAUUUCAGGAAGUAUAUGGAUGAUAAAGAGCUGGAGUUGUACAGGAUUUUCCAGGCUAUUGAUGUGGAGCACAAUGGAUGCAUUUUGCCUGUGGAGUUAUGGGCUGCUCUUGUCAAGGCUGGGAUAGAAAUUGAUGAUGAAGAACUUGCUAGUUUUGUUGAGCAUGUUGAUAAAGACAAUGAUGGAAUUAUAACUUUUGAAGAAUGGAGAGAUUUUCUUUUUCUCUAUCCACAUGAGGCUACCAUAGAAAACAUUUAUAGGUAUUGGGAAAAAGUAUAUCUUGUUGAUAUUGGUGAACAAGCUGUAAUUCCUGAAGGCAUCAGCAAGCAUGUUCACGCAACAAAAUAUUUGAUUGCAGGCGGAGUUGCCGGAGCCGCAUCUCGUACUGCAACUGCGCCUCUUGAUCGUCUCAAGGUGGUUUUACAAGUUCAGACUACUCGUGCUUGCAUUUUUCCUGCAGUUAAAAGCAUUUGGAAGGAAGGGGGUUUUUUGGGAUUUUUCCGGGGUAACGGAAUAAACGUGUUGAAGGUUGCACCGGAAAGUGCCAUUAAGUUUUACACAUAUGAAAUGUUGAAGAAUGUUAUCGGAGGUAUUGAAGGAGAAAAACGCGGUGAUGUAGGAACUGUAGGACGACUAAUUGCAGGUGGUUUGGCCGGAGCUGUGGCACAAACCUCUAUUUAUCCAAUGGAUCUUGUGAAAACUCGAUUACAGACCUCAGUGUGUGAAGGUGGAAAUGUUCCAAGCUUGGGAAAAUUAUCAAGAGAUAUAUGGAUUCAAGAGGGACCUCGGGCCUUUUAUAGAGGACUGCUACCGUCUGUUUUGGGAAUUAUCCCUUAUGCAGGCAUUGACUUGACCCUGUACGAAACCUUGAAAGAUGUGUCCAAGAAAUAUAUUCUUCAUGAAAGUGAACCCGGUCCUCUCGUGCAACUCAGUUGUGGAACAAUUUCAGGGGCUGUUGGAGCAACAUGUGUUUACCCACUGCAGGUUGUAAGAACAAGAAUGCAAGCGCAACGUACAAAUACAGAUGCUGCUUACAAGAGCAUGUCAGAUGUAUUCUGGAGAACAUUUCGGCACGAAGGUUUUAGGGGCUUCUAUAAAGGACUUUUCCCGAAUCUUUUUAAAGUUGUACCAGCAGCAAGCAUUACGUAUCUAGUUUAUGAAAGCAUGAAAAAGAGUCUAGAUCUUGAUUAG